AUGAUGGACGGCCGCCUCCUGGAGCACCCGCAUGCCCAGUUCGGGGGCUCGCUCGGCGGUGUGGUGGGCUUCCCCUACCCGCUGGGCCACCACCACGUGUACGAGCUGGCCGGCCACCAGCUGCAGUCGGCCGCCUCGGUGCCCUUCUCCAUCGACGGCCUGCUCAGCGGCUCCUGCGCUGCUGCCGCCGCCUCGGUGGUGAACCCCACGCCGCUGCUGCCAGCGGCCUGCGGGGUAGGCGGCGACAGCCAGCCUUUCAAGCUGUCAGACACGGGGGACCCAGACAAGGAGAGCCCGGGGUGCAAGCGGCGGCGCACCCGCACCAACUUCACUGGCUGGCAGCUGGAGGAGCUGGAAAAAGCGUUCAACGAGAGCCACUAUCCCGACGUGUUCAUGCGCGAGGCGCUGGCGCUGCGCCUGGAUCUGGUUGAGUCCCGCGUUCAGGUCUGGUUCCAAAACCGGCGGGCCAAGUGGAGGAAGAAGGAGAACACGAAGAAGGGCCCGGGGCGGCCGGCACACAACUCGCACCCGACCACGUGCAGUGGCGAGCCCAUGGACCCCGAGGAGAUCGCCCGCAAGGAGCUGGAGAAGAUGGAGAAGAAGAAGCGCAAGCACGAGAAGAAGCUGCUGAAGAGCCAGAGCCGCCACCUGCACUCGCCCGGCGGCCUGUCCCUGCACAGUGCACCCAGCUCUGACAGCGACAGCGGCGGGGGCGGUCUGUCCCCGGAACCACCCGAGCCGCCGCCGCCAGCCACUGUGGCCAAGGGCCCCGGCGUGCACAAGGCCGGCGCCGCAGGUCCUGCGCCUGCACCGCCGGGCGAGCCGCCGGCUCCGGGCACUUGUGACCCCGCCUUUUACCCGAGCCAAAGAAGCGGCGCCGGCCCGCAGCUGCGGCCAGGCCGCCCCGCGGACAAGGAUGCGGCCCCGUGUGCGCCCGGAGUGGCGGCGGCAGAGCGUGGCGUCGCGGGCCUGCCCAAGGCCAGCCCGUUCAGCGUGGAGAGCCUGCUAUCCGACUCACCGCCACGCCGGAAAGCCGCCGCCGCCGCUGCGGGGCUGGACUUCGCGCCGGGGCUGCCGUGCGCGCCGCGGACCCUCAUCGGCAAGGGCCACUUCCUGCUCUACCCCAUCACGCAGCCGCUCGGCUUCCUGGUGCCGCAGGCCGCGCUCAAGGGCUGUGCGGGUCCCGAGCCCGCGCCCAAGGACGCGCCGCCCGCGCCCGCUGUGCCGCCCGCGCCGCCUGCUCAGGCCAGCUUCGGGGCCUUCCCAGGGCCCGGCGGCCCUCCGGACUCGGCCUUCGCGCGCCGCAGCCCCGACGCUGUCGCCUCUCCCGGGGCCCCGGCGCCUUUCCGGGAUCCGGCCGUGGCCGAGGGCGGUGGCGGUGGCGGUGACUGCUUGGACGCAGGAGUUGCCUGCCCGGCGGCCCCGCCACCGCCACCCCUCCCGCCGUCACCCGGGUCCGGAACGCAGGCGCCCAGCCCCGCCGGGGAGCCGGCCAUCUGUGGGGGCCCCGAGCCAGGUGCCGCGGCCGGACCCAGCGUCCCGGAGGCCGAGGAGGUGGACAUGGACUGA